AUGCCGUCCAAGGUUGCGGCGCCCAUCAUGCCACCCGCCACCGUCGUCGUCACGGGGGCCAACGGCUUCAUAGCUCAACACUGCGUCGCGGCUCUUCUCAAGGCCGGCUACCAAGUCGUCGGCACCGUCAGGACCGCCGCCAAGGCGGAGCUGGUGACGACGACGCACGCCUCUCAUCCAAACCUCGAUGUCGUCAUCAUCCCGGACAUCACCUGCCCCCGCGGAUACAUGAAAGCCCUGGCCUCGCACUUACCCAUCGCCAUCCUCCACCUGGCCGCCCCCUUCCACUACAAGGCCACCGACUUCGAGAGGGACUUGAUGGUCCCGGCGGUGCGUGGAUCCACGGCCGUCCUCGAGGCGGCGGCCCAGAUGAGGAGCGUCAAGAGGGUCAUCCAUACUAAUAGCUUCGCCUGCAUCUACGACGCCGCCGCCGGGCCCCGGCCGGGAAAGACGUACACGGCCCACGACUGGAGCCCCCUGACCUACCGGGACGGCGCCAGCGCCCCGGAUGCCCCGACCGCCUACCGGGCCUGCAAGACGGCGGCCGAGCGGGCGGCCUGGGACUUUGUCGAGGAGCGGAAGCUGGGCUUCGACCUCGUUAGCUUGUGCCCGGCCAUGGUCUUCGGGCCGUUGCUGCCAGGGUCAAAGCCCAUGUCCAUGGCGUCGCUCAACACAAGCAACCUGCUCGUCUGGUCCGUCGUUUGUGCCGGGCGUGAUAGCCCUGUUCCGCCCACAAAGGGUCCCGUCUGGGUUGAUGUCCGGGAUGUCGCCCUUGCUCACGUCAAGGCGCUGGAGGUGGCCGAGGCCGGCGGCGGCCGGUACCUGCUAGCCCAGGGAGUCUAUUGCAACCAGGAGCUGGCGGAUCUGAGCCGCAGCGUCACCGCAAAGUACGCGGACCGCAUCCCGCUCGGCCGCCCUGGCCUGCGAGAGAGUCACAAGCACUUUUCCGUCGAUGCCACCGAGACGGAGCGCGUGUUAGGCUGGAGAUGUCGGGGGCUUGAGGAAUGCCUUGGAGACCUUGUCCCUCAGCUAUUUGAGAUUGAGCGCAACCAGGCACUCUAA